AUGCCUCCAAUAUUAUCCGCCGACCUGGAUUUGGACACAUCACCUUGGUCCGAGGAGGAUUCGCCUGAGGAUUACGAGCGCUACAGGAUAUUUGAUGAGUCCGACUAUGAUUGUCUAGUCUCGAGGUAUUUGGACCGUGGUGACUGCGAAACCGCCACAUAUUGGAUUGAUUUCGCAUUUGCUAAAAAGUCUGAAAAUGGAUUCAGUCUCGUCGACUUCGCCAACUAUAUCAAGGAACUCACAAAGGUUCAACAAUACAAAAGGAUUUCUCAACUGAUUCUCAAACAACGACUUUUCAAGAAACAUUUAGUGUUCGCUUAUUACUAUGUUAAUGCUCUUUUUCAUCUGCGUAUGUAUGGAGAGAUAGUACAACUUCAAAUCGGACAUCUGAUGCUGGAGGAGGACUUGCCUGUUAAGUCACCUGACUCAGGGUGUGGUUUGGAAGAUUACUUCGAUUCUGCAACUGAAGAAAUUUCUGGAGAUGACCUCGCAGCUCUCAACAAAAUGGUUACGCAUAAUAAGUUGUUCUCGGCAUUAAUGGUGGUGUACGGCCGCACAUUCAUUUUAAUGGAGAAUCGGGAGUUUGCUACUAGAUGUUUAACGGUCGCUUACAUGCAGGACCGCCAUUGUUUGGCUGCAGAGGAGCUGCUUAGAAAGUAUAGACUUGUUCCGUACACGAAUCGAGAUCCUUGCUAUCGACUGAUGAAGAAAAUGCAAAAAACGAGUGCUGCGGGAGAUCCAAGGCAACGUACCAGAGAAGCACAUCAACUGUAUCGGAACGGAAACGUUGCAGAAACAUUGGCAAUUACAUCCACAAUAAUGGAAGAACAUGGACUUUAUCUAGAUUGUGUCAUACUGCAUGCGAAUUGCUUAUGUUAUUUUCAAGAUUCGAGAAGACUUUUUCUUCUAGCUCAUGAGCUUGUUAUUUCCUUUCCGGAUCAUCACUAUAGCUGGUAUGUCGUGGCCAUGUAUUAUUUCACAUGCUUUAACAUCCAUGCAGCAAGAACUUUCAUAAACAAAGCUGUCUCAAUGAGAACUGCUUUUGGCGAAGGAUGGAUUGCAUACGGUCAUAUUUUAGCGGCUGAGUGUGAGAAUGAACAAGCUCUCAACUGUUACUAUAGGGCAGCGCGAAUUCUUCCUUGGCAUUAUGAACCCAAGAUGUACAUUGGAAUGCAAUACUGCAGAGUUGGAGUACGAAUGGCUGAAGAUUUCCUGCGAGAGGCCUCUUGUAUCCGAUCUUCUGAUCCGGUCAUAAUGCAUGAACGCGGAUCAUAUUAUUAUCGGUACAACAAAUUCCGUACUGCUGAGCAAUUCUUCAGCAACGCCUUGUUAGCUGUUAUUGGGAACGAAGAGGCAGAGUUCGCCGACUCGAGCUCUAUCAUCACAGAACAACUCGAUCCAUUCUGGCAACCUUUAGUUGCUAAUCUCGGUCACGUUAGUCGAAGGCUUGGGAAAUACAGGGAAUCCAUAGAUUUCCAUAACAAGGCACUGCUAAUAAAUCCGAUGGACUGGCAUUCAAUGGCUUCAAUGGCUAUGUCGUAUGCAUGCCUUGGUGAAACAAAUGUCGCUACUCGUUACUUCGCCAAAGCUCUUUCUCGUGCUCCAUAUAAUGGCAUGAUUCGCAACGCUCUCGACAAGCUGUCGCAACUUGAAAACGACUAUCUGGACUAUACUGACUUUAAGACUACAACUUCAACCAGCAUUGACGAUUUGGAGAGGAUUUUCGUUGAAAGAGCUUCUUUGCGUGUUGAAAUGCAAAAGGAUGUAAUGGCGAAGAGAAUGAAAAAGUCAUUGUCGGAAAAUUUAAAGAUGAGGAUAGCUUCUAAAAAAUAUCGCCAAGAUUUAGCCCGUGUCAAUGCAAGGAAGAAACAUGCGGAAUCAAAUGAACCGGUAUUUUCUGUAGGCAUGGGGACCACUGGUCCUCCUGGAUCAAUGACUGGUGACGGUGGCGGUUAA